GAAUCUGAGAUGAACGCCAAAUAAACAAACCCGCUUCUCUGACACUAUGAUCUCAGCCAUUUAUUUUGUUAGUUAAAUACUUCUAUUAUACGGCUGAGAUGAAAUUCUGCUAUUUGAAAUGUAUUCUUGAUUGCAUGUGCGUUAAGGACAUAUCAUGUGAUCUUGUGGCUGUGGCUGGGUGGUGUGUUAAAUGAGCAGAGUGAGUUGUAAGAAGAUUUAUGAGUGUGGAAUGAUUGUUUAGCAAUGGAGAGAUCGUUAACAUGGAAAAUAACAAUUGUAACUCAAUUCUGUCUCUGCGUUGCUCUGUUUGUAGCUCUCAACAUUGGUCACUCUAUUGACAACAUUCAUAGAUCAAACACAAUUCAAACCAAUCCUAAUGAUUUUUAUUUUGUUAGUGUUGGAGGAGGCUCUCGAGCAUCUAAUCACCAAACCCUUCUUCUCAAAUUGAUGGGGAAGGUGAUAAAGCUGUACAAUGCACAGUUUGUAGUUAAUCUUAGCGAGCUUGGCCAGGAUGAUCCGUUCUUGCAGAAUGCUACUCAUCACCUUCAGUCGCUAAAAGUUCCAUGGUACACAACUAGCAUUCUAAAAGGAGAAGGAGAAGAGCUUGGUUACGUAGUUAAACAGAUUAAAAUCCCAGACCAAAAUGUGCUAGAUGUAAUAUUUUACCACGCCGACUUCAAACAGGAUAAUUCUACUGGCAGUGGCAAUCAUCGAAUACAUCGGCUUACUAACCUGCUCAAAGCCAGCACUAGUGACUGGCGCAUUGUUGUUGGGUCCCAGUCGUUGGAAGGUUGCGAUGAUGGUCCGCAGAAAUCAGACCUGUACCGUGAGUUUUUGAAAUAUGGAGUGGAUGCAUACCUUAGUGCGCAGUCAUGUAAUGGUAACGUCCAGAAAGAAGGUAUGACUCACAUCCACAACAUUACUGAAAUGAGGAGAGGACCUUAUUUCACGAGCAUAAAUGAGAAACGUAUACUUCACAGCGAUGUUGGAAAUGGAUUCCUUCUUCACCGAGUUGGCUCUAUAGAGAUUGUGACAUACUUGGUUACUUUGAAAGGAGAAGUUGUACAUCAAACUUCACUGAAACAAGGAGGAAGACAUUUCAUAUGAAUCAUGAAGUUUAAAAAGCAGCACUAGGUCAUUUUUUUUUAAAAAUUCGAUCAAGAUAUUCUUAUUAUGUUUUGAUAUUUAGUCAUACAAUUUCUUAGAAAUUAUUUAUCACUGAAGCUUUUUUGUAAGAUCCGAACCUUCGAAUUAUUUUGUUACAGCUACCAGAGGAUUAUAUUACAGUUUUCGUGUGCAUAUGCUUCUUAUACAUUGUAUUUAUACUGAUAAAAUAAAAGAAAAAGACUAUGGAUUCUGUCUUAUAAGAAAAUGUGUUUACUUUGUAAAUUAGUAGUAAUUGUUAUAAGAAAAUGUCAGUUUUUUACUAUAUGAUUCCAUAAUUACGGAGUAUUUAAGAAACAAAGCUUGUGAUGUAAAUGACGAAACUACCCCUUAGUAGUUAAAAUUUGAGUAAGAUACAGUGAUACAGUAAAAAAGGCAGGGGUAAAGGAGGGAAAGAGAGAAAAAUGUUGGGUAUAAAAAGAGAGAAAGAGAGAGGAGGGACUUAGAGAGAGAUUAGGGUUUGCUAAUAAAGAAUGAGGCUGCCGGAGGCAUGGUUUUACAGGGCAGUUGCCCCUACCGUUUAGCCCAUGAUUUCUCACACAUAACUCAACUGCCCUUAACACACUCUCUCUCUCUCUCUCUCUCUCUGAAUCUCUCUCAAUUUCUCUCCCUCGUGUUUAUGCGCGCACUCGUACACAUACAUAUAUAUAUGAAACUAAACGAAUUAUGAUAGAUAGAUAGAUGUCUAUCGUUGGUGAGAAUGGAGGUGGUGGUGAUAUUGUUUGAUACAAGAGAGGCUGUGAUGAUAAUAGUGUACGAUAUAAUAGCAAACCCUGUGGGGCAUUGGGUUAAUUUGACCUGUAUCUUGGCUGGGCAACCACCGGUAGAGGGCGCGUGAACAGUACGCGCAACUGGGUGGGUUGCAGCCAUGGCGGUGUCAUGUCCCCUGCCUCAGCUCUCUCAGAUCUGAGCCCC